CUCUGCUGCUGGCUCGCGGACAAACAACCGACUCCUCCUGCUCUUCAAUCUGUAAUUCAGCCAGCGGCAUGAUAGGUAAAUCAGAGGUCUGUGGCGAGGAUAACCUCCAUUAAAACCAGCCGGAUACCCGCACAGAGAUUACAAAGAGGUACGAGUUGUCGAUGCUGGACUCCCUGAUUCCCCGGUAUUAGGAUCUGAGAGACAUGAUGGCCUCCAGCGACGUGGACACUAGAGAAGGUACUUUGUUUUCAGACCAGAAUCCCUCAGAAAUGGACGCUCUGUGUCCCUCUCCUCCCGGACCGACCCGACCCCAACGCCUCUACGAGAGGAUCGGAGGACGGGAAGGAACCUCUUUUUGCCAGACUCUGAUCCACCUGUUGAAAGGGAACAUCGGUACGGGGCUGCUGGGUUUGCCUCUGGCGGUGAAGAACGCCGGCCUGGUGCUCGGCCCCAUCAGUUUACUGUGUAUAGGGGUGAUAGCGAUCCACUGUAUGACGGUGCUGGUGAAAUGUUCCCACUACCUCAGUAUAAAGGUGAACAGGGCGUCUCUGACGUACGGAGAGGCGAUGCAGUACGGGAUGGAGAACGUUUCCUGGCUGAGGAGACACUCGCAGUGGGGAAAAGUGACGGUGAAUGUGUUUCUGAUCAUCACUCAGCUCGGAUUCUGCUGUGUCUACUUCGUCUUCCUCAGUGACAACAUCAAGCAGGUGGUGGAAGCAGCGAACACCACCAGCUUUAACUGCCACAUGAAUUACACCAACCAGACGCAGGUGCUGGUGCCGAGCUUUGACUCUCGCCUCUACAUGCUGUGCUUCCUCCCUGCCGUGGUGCUGCUGGUGUUCGUCCCCGACCUCAAAUACCUGGCUCCUCUCUCUCUGGUGGCCAACAUACUGAUGACUGCCAGCCUCGUCCUCAUCUACUUCUACUCGCUCACGAACAUCUCGUACCCCAUCGACCUCCCUAAAGUUGGAAGACUCAAAGACUAUCCUCUCUUCUUCGGGACGGCCAUCUUCGCCUUCGAGGGAAUCGGAGUGGUUCUUCCUCUGGAGAACAAGAUGAACCGGCCUCAGAGCUUCAUCCCUGUUUUAUAUUUGGGGAUGGGCAUCGUCACCUUCCUCUACAUCACCCUCGGCACCAUCGGGUAUUUGUGCUUCGGAGACACUAUCGGAGGAAGCAUCACCCUCAACCUGCCAAACUGCUGGACGUACCAGGGGGUGAAGCUUCUCUACUGUUUCGGUAUCUUCAUCACUUUCGCCCUGCAGUUCUACGUCCCUGCGGAGAUCCUCAUCCCCCCCGUGUUGGCUCGUGUGUCGGUGAGAUGGGAGCGACCCGUGGACAUGUUGCUGCGCACCGUCCUCGUCCUCUUCACAUGCGCUCUGGCCAUCCUGAUCCCAGAGCUGGACCUCGUCAUCUCAUUGGUCGGUUCGGUCAGCAGCAGUUUUCUGGCGCUGAUCUUCCCGCCCAUCCUGCAGAUCAUCACUUUCCACACGGAGGGUCUUUCGCCUCUUGUCACCAUCAAAAACGCCGCCAUUAGCCUCAUCGGGCUCAUCGGCUUCAUCACGGGAACUUACAUCGCCAUCGAGAAGAUCAUAGAGCGAAACGGACUCAAAAGCACCGAGGCGUUUUCCUCCUUCAUGGUGCAGUGAUGACCCGAAAAGACAUUUAGAAAACAUAUUAGGGCACAUUUUUUAUUUCAUUUGAUCCUUCCACUUGCUGCUGUUGGAUAUGGCGGACACUGCUUUUUUUUGCAUUAAUCUAUCGUGUGUUUAAGAAGCUGUGAGAAUUUGUAUUUCAUCAUUUCAUUGCUGUAACAAACUGCCACAUUUCAUUUAAAGUCCUGGAAAGUCGUGCAAACUUACAAUAACGUAAUAAUAAUGAUAAAUUCAUUCCUUCAGGUAGCUUCGAGAGAUUUUAGGUAGAGGUAUUUAAGAGGUAGUCUAUCAUUUUGAAUAUAUUAAUGUUUAAUCAAACUACCUCACACAUUUGUUUAUUUAAAUCUGGACUAUCAAAACGUUUUCCACAUUAGUUGUUGACAUUUAGUUUCCUGUAGAUCUUUUAACCACCUCCUCAUUUAGAAGAAAAUCAACAUGUUUUGUUGCACUUUGAUUUAUGUCUUAUUCAGUAACGGCGCGCUUCUUUGACAUUAGACACAUCAGGAAAACUCUAAAUCAAGUAUCUGUAUUUUUAGGGAAUAAUGGGGUUGAGUAUCAUUAAAUUAAAUAAGAACUAAUUGGAAAAAAUAAGAGCUUUUUGGGGAAUUAUUCAGAAGCGAGGUGUUGCAAUAGUCCUUGAAAGAAUGGAAGUUAAUAACAUUCACCAAAGAAAAUAAUAGGAGUCUGAAAAGACAUCAUUUGGACAAAAGGUCAGAUUUCGAAUUUAAAGUCAAUAAUUUGGACCAAAAGUUAGAACUUUAAUAAAAAGACAGAAUUUCAGAAAGAAAAACUUUUUCCCAGAAAUAUACUUAAAGUGUUAAAUGUGACUUUUUCAGAAUAAAUUGAAGCAUUUAACUUUUUCAGAACAUUUUGAGAAAAAGUAACUUUUUCUUCAUUUCUUUAAAAAGUAAUAAUUUGGACAAAAAGUUAGAACUUGAAGAAAAAUCCAGAAUUUUUUAUUUUUUAUUUUCAACCCUAAUCCUCAUCCGUAGAUAUUAAAAAAACCUUUUAAAUGAUUUCUCUUUUGUCCAACACAUUAAAGUUACAUGACAGCAUUGUUUGUGUUUCUAGUCUCUAUAAGGCACCAAAGAUCACGUGAUGCUGGAACCUGAGAUCUGGAUGAAGUCGAAAAUACGAUAAAAGGGAAAAUAUAUUAUUCAUAGGAUUUAAUAAAAAUAAAUAUGAAUAAUUAUAAUCAGUGAGAUCUCCCUGAUACUCGACCCUAGCAGAAUGAACCGUCACUAAACAAAGUAAUAAUGCAGUCAGACUUUAGGAACCGAGUCGUACCGUCUUUAUGUCGGAGCUCUCCUGUGUUUCUGAUUCUUUUGAUCACAUUUUUUGGGUGUUUUAAUGUAUUUACAAACAUUUCUGACUGGCUUUGUUGUUGUUUGUUUUAUUAAACAGCAUGCAUUUGAAACACCUAACCUUGAAAAUGUUAUUUUCUUUGGGUUUUAAUUGAACAGAGAGGCUCUGCAUGUAUUAUAAUGUAAUGUAUGUAAUAUAAAACACAUUUUAAUGACACGUGUUAGUUAUUGUGGGUUUAACCGCAGACUCACUGCUUCUGUUCAGACGUCUCCAGUGUUAUGUGGCAGUAUACAAAAGGCUUGUUGAUAUAAAAGCCUUAUUCAUAAAUAAUUUAAACCAGCUGUUUGUGUAUAUAUCCAUUUGUUGCAUAUGUAAAUGUCUGCACACUAUUUUUUAAUUUAAUUUUAAAUACCAAUUGUUUUCUUUUAUUCUGGAGUUGAUGUGCUAAAAUUGCCACUUGACACUUUAAGGGGGAGAAGCAUUAUGAUGAUGAUGAAGAGGAUGAUGAAGAUGAUGUGCAGCUUCCCAAAGAAGACUAAUUUAAACUUUCAUUUAGUGCUAACUAACGAUUUCUAGUAAAUAAAGUCAUUAUUUUCCACCAAAUUAAUUGUUUAAACCCAUUUUAGAAUCAUCAGUCAAGCUGUAACCUACAUCUGUUUGAUAUUUUAAUAAAUUAAUGACAACUUUA